AACGAAUUGAAGAUGAAAACAAGGGAGAAUCACGGUCCGGAUAUGGUGAUCGAAAUAGGAAAGCCCGUAAACUUCACCGGGGGGCUCGAGUUCUACAACCUCACUUAUACCGUGAUGAAGAAGAACAAGGACAUAAACGGAAAAUGGGUUAAUCAAGAAGCCGAUUUACUCCACAGUAUAACGGGCUACGCAGCGAAAGGGUCCGUUACCGCGGUUAUGGGUCCCAGUGGGGCCGGAAAAUCGACGUUCUUGGAUGGUUUGGCCGGAAGAAUUGCGAGUGGGAGCCUUAUGGGGAGGGUCUCGUUGGACGGAGUUGACGUUAGCCCGAGCUUGAUUAAGAGGACUUCGGCGUAUAUAAUGCAGGACGAUAGGCUUUUCCCUAUGCUCACUGUUUAUGAGACGCUUAUGUUUGCGGCUGAUUUUCGGCUGGGGUCCAUCUCGAGGGCCGAUAAACGGCAACGAGUUGAGCAGCUCAUCGAGCAGCUCGGCUUGUCGUCGGCUCGAAACACUUACAUAGGCGACGAGGGCACGAGGGGAGUCUCCGGCGGUGAGCGAAGAAGGGUUUCGAUCGGAGUGGACAUCAUCCACGGGCCGUCUCUCCUUUUCUUGGACGAGCCCACUUCGGGCCUAGACUCGACGAGCGCCCACAGCGUGAUCGAAAAGGUCCACGACAUAGCACGGUCCGGGAGCACCGUGAUCCUCACGAUUCACCAGCCCUCGUCUCGGAUCCAGCUACUAUUGGACCACCUGAUCAUCCUGGCUCGAGGCCAGCUCAUGUAUCAAGGCUCGCCGAAAGACCUGACCCUCCAUCUCGACCGGUUGGGCCGCAAAAUCCCAGAGGGCGAAAACGCGAUGGAGUACUUCAUCGACGUCGUUCAAGAGUAUGACCAGUCGUCGUUCGGUGUCGAGGUGCUGGCGGAGUUCGCCCUCAGCGGAGUGAAGCCGCCGCAACUAGAGGACGACGAGGAGAUGGCGGCGGCAGCUUCUGCGGGAGCCCCCUCGCAAUCUUCGGCCCCGCCGCCCAGACGGAGCGGAAACCGCCAGCUGACGGCGUCAAGCAAACGCAUAAACCUACAAACGGCAAGCAACGACGAUCGGGACUUCGAUAACAGCGUAAGGAGCCCGUGGAACAACACGUCGAGGUCUUGGAGUGCGAGCCAGAAAAUGACCUUUACACCAACUAGGAAGUAUGCUGAUCUAAAAGAUCUUGCCCGAAGGAGCCCAACUCAAGCAUACUACACCUACUCGAGCGAGAUCCUACAAGGCACCCCGACUCCCCACAGCAGCGACUACACGGUCAACGAAGACGACUACAUAACCCACAGCAGCGUCCUCCAAACAACCGCGUCCACCUACCCAAACCUCGGCCCCAAGUUCGCCAACUCCUUCUUCCCCGAGACGUGGGUCCUGAUGCGCCGCAACUUCAUAAACAUCCGUCGCACACCGGAGCUCUUCCUCUCGCGCCUCUUCGUCCUCACCGUCAUGGGCAUCAUGAUGGCGACCAUGUUCUGGCGCCCGGAGAAUAAUCUCCAGGGCAUCACCAACCGCCUCAGCUUCUUCAUCUUCACCGUAUGCCUCUUCUUCUUCUCCUCCAACGACGCCGUCCCGGCGUUCAUCCAGGAGCGGUUCGUAUUCGUCCGCGAGACGUCCCACAACGCUUACCGUGCGUCCUCAUACACCAUAGCGGGCCUCGUCACCUACUUCCCGUUCCUCGCCCUCCAGGCGGCCGUGUACGCCGCGAUCGUGUGGUUCCCGUUGGGGCUCGAGGGCCCGUUCGUUUACUUCUUGCUCGUUCUCUACAUAUCGCUGCUCUCCACCAACUCUUUCGUGGUGUUUGUCAGUGCGGUGGUCCCCAACUUUAUUCUCGGAUACGCGGCCGUGAUUGCCUUCACCGCGCUUUUCUUCCUCUUCUGCGGCUACUUUGCCGACAGUCACUCGAUUCCCAAGUAUUGGAAGUGGAUGCAUUAUGUCUCGACUAUGACUUACCCGUACGAAGGUCUGCUGAUGAACGAGUAUCAAAGGACGGGCACUUUCGGGAAUUUAAGUGGGAACGAUAUAUUGGAAUCGCUCGGAAUCGGGAUUCAGAAGAAUUUGAAGUGGGAGAGAGUUUACGCAAUGCUGGGAUGGGCUGUUAUCUAUAGAGUUCUCUUCUAUAUCGUCCUACGUUUCUUUUCGAAGAACCAAAGGUCGUAGGAUGUUUUUUAAAUUACGAC